AUGGCCGAAGAAACAUACCUCGUCACCGGCGGCUGCGGCUUUAUCGGCUCGCACAUCGUCGAGAAGCUCCUGCAAAAGUACCCCUCCGCGCGCGUGGCCGUGCUCUCGCGCAACCCGACGACAAACACCUUCCCCCGCGCCACGUACCAUGCCGGCGACGUCGCCUCGGCGGACGACGUGACGCGGAUCGUCAACGAGGUGCGCCCGACGGUCGUCUUCCACUGUGCGGGUAUGAUGACGGUCGGGCGGAAGACGAUGGCGGACGAGUUCGUGCGGGCGAUUAAUGUGGAUGGCACGCGGAACGUGCUGGAGGCUGGCAAGAAGGUGGGCGUGAAGGCGUUUGUGACGACGAGCAGCGCGAGUGUGGUACAGAAGGAGAUGUUUCGGGAUAUUGUGGCGGGGGAUGAGGGGUUGGGGUUGGCGGAGGAGGGGGAUGAUACGUUGAUUUAUCCCAAGACGAAGGCUGCUUCGGAUAAGAUGACGCUGGAGUAUGACGAUCCCAAGGGCAUGCGGACGUGUACCCUCCGUCCGGCGGCGGUGCACGGUGAGAGGGACAACGAUAUCACGCCGAAUCUGAUGCGCAAUUACCGCCUGGGGAGGAACAAAGUCCAGCUGGGGGAUAACUCGAACCUCUUCUCGACGACGUACGUGGGCAACGCGGCGGACGCGCACAUCGCUGCCUCGGACAAGCUACUGACGGCGCCUGAGGGGGUUGCCGGGGAGGCCUUCUUCAUCACCAACGGGCCGCCGAUGAAGUUUUGGGAUUUCAGCAGGACGAUGUGGAAGGCUGCCGGUGAUGAGACUAAGAUUGAGGAUGUGAAGGUCGUGAGUUUGAACAUGGCGCUGGCGUACGCGUGGGCUAUGGAGUGGUUUUAUUGGUUCAAGGGGGAGGUGUCGCCUUUGAAUCGGACGAUUGUGCGGUUUGCAUGUAUGAGUCGGUGGUAUGUUAUUGAUAAGGCGAAGGAGAGACUUGGAUGGGAGCCUGCGGUUGGGAAUGAGGAGGGGAUCAGGAGGGCUGUGGUGUGGUUUUUGGAAAAUGAGAAGAUGGGGAAGGGGACCAUGAGCAGUUAG